CAAAUACACAAUGGGUUCCAAAGCAGCCACAAAGACCCGGACACCAUGGUCACUCCGGCGGAAACUCAUACUCGGAACCCUCAUUGUUAUCGUCAUCCUUGGGCUCGCCCUCGGUUUAGGAUUAGGUCUGACUUUAGGAAGAGACAAUGGCAAUGACGGAGGAAACGACAAUGGCCCCGAAACCACACCGACCUCGUCCCCGCUCCCAACGCCCACAAACACCCUCCCGUGGAGACCGUCCGUGAACGAGUCGUGGCAAAUCAUCCUGUUGAAUAACAUCGAGCUUGAUACCAAUGCUACCUCCGUAACUCCUAAUGUCUCUAUCUAUGACAUCGAUCUCUUCACCACUCCUAAAUCGACAAUGGAUACCUUACAUCGGCUGGGUAAGAAAGUGAUAUGCUACUUCAGCGGAGGAAGCUAUGAGCCCAAUAGGCCGGAUAGUGGAGAUUUCAAGCCUGAUGAUAUUGGGGCGGAUUUAGAGGGCUGGCCGGGAGAGAAGUGGUUGAGGCUGGGAAGUGAGAAUGUGCGAAAUAUUAUGAAGAAGAGGGUAGAGAUUGCGGCGGAGAAGGGAUGCGAUGGUGUGGAUGUGGACAAUGUGGACGGUUAUCAAAACAAAAACGGCCUAGAUCUCUCAGCCGAGGAUUCGAUUUCAUUCAUGUCAUACCUCUCCAACAUCACACUCCCCUACAACCUCACCCUCGGACUUAAAAACGCCGGAGAUAUUAUCGCCCAAGUUCUCCCCAUCACGCACUUCUCCGUCAACGAACAAUGUGUUGAGAACUCUGAAUGCGACACCUUCCACGCUUUUAUCGAUGCCGGAAAGCCCGUAUUCCACAUCGAGUACCCGGAUGGCGCGGGAUCCGAUUUAAAAGCCGACACGGUGAAGCAUUUUUGCGAGAACAGUGGUGCUGCACAGGGGAGCGAUGGAUUUAGCACUGUGCUGAAGAAGAUGAACUUGGAUGGUUGGGUUGAGUAUUGUGAUCAGAAGGUUGAAACAACAGCCAUGAAUCAAACAGAUCCCGGCAAUUGAAGCAACGGGGGAAGCAGGGAACACAGGGGACAAGGUUUUCAACAAAGUUUUGCAUUUCUGCACCACCAUUUCCACAUUCCCCGCACAGCCUUCUCCACCAC